AUGGCGGAGUACAACAGUGCGGUGGACCCGAAGAUACCGGUGCUGAAGAGAGAAACGUUGAAGGAUUACACCAGAUGCAAGAGGGCAGUUCAGGCGGCGGAGCUGAGCUGCGAGAGUAAGGAGUCUAAGCAGGUGCUCGGUCCGAAACUGUAUAGGAACCUGCUGGGCGCGGACAACUCCAUAAGCGUGCUGAUAGAACAGACGAACCCGAAGGACGACGCGACGGAGGACGGCGCCCAGAUACUAUUGCGAUUCCUCGAAGAGCCGCGCUUCGCCAAGAGCUGUUUCAUGGAGCUGCCGAAGGCGUUCGACGCUUUCUUCGACCAGACACACUUCGAGAAGAAGGGCGAAGAGCCGAUGGCGGCGCUUUGUACGGCGAUGGAGGUGGCGAAGCGCAAUCUCGAGGAAGAGGACCCAGACACGAAGAUCAGUGCGAACGAGCUAGGGUACCACACGCUGAAGCGAAGCGGACUGGACAAGGACGAGCGCAAUCUAGUGAUAGCGCGUGCAAAUGAGACCUUCAACUUCCAGAAUAUUAGCACGACGCUGAAGAACCUCUUCCCACAAAGUGGAGGUCGGCACCCGGAUCGACAGGGAUCGAGAACGAGCUGGCGAUGGGCGAACUACAACGACGGAGAGCGCGACCCGGAGGACGAAGACCAGAACGUCGAGCACGACGGGCACUGGGUCCAGGACGACGACGGCUACUGGUACGAGUGGGACGAAGAGCGCGGUGUCUACGCGUUCGCCGAGGACGGCGACGACGGCUGGGACAGCAGCGACAUGUUCUACAUCGAGGACGACACCGACGUCUACCUCGCGAGCGAGGACGACGAGUACCAGCAGGCCCUCGUCACGCUGCGCGAGAGCAGGCUGAAGAUGAACAAGAUCCGGGCGGCUCGAGGUUUCUUCGAGGAACGAAUCGAUGGAGUAGUGGACGAGAGCGCGGCGGCCGAUGGCAAGGCAGCCGGGAAAGGAGGCAAAGGUGGCGAGGGCAAGGACGGUGGCAAAGGCAAGGCCAAGGACAAGAGGUGCACCAACUGCGGAAGAAUGGACCAUGCUGCACCGGACUGCCCGACGUCACGACCUCCGAGGCCUGCAGGCAAAGGCUUCAAGGGCCGCGGCACGACCUCGAAGGCUCAAUCCCGUCCACGACGGCUGGGUUUCUGGGCGAUGACCACACUGGUGUGCGUCAUGCCCGACAUGUUCCACCAGAAGGACAUCCAGGGCCCGGGGCCCGCGACGGAGAACUUCCAGGAGCCAGCCGAGCACGACAUCAUGAUGGUCAACAUGGAGAGCGACCCGAUCCUACCGGAAGUGCCAGAAGUGGACGCGAUGAUCUCGAGCACGAUCGUGCCAACUACCCUGGUGGACAGCGGCGCCUCCGUAGCGGUGGCAGGGCGCGGCUGGCUGGACAAGAUCGCUGUGGAGCUCGAGAAGUACGGUCUGAGGCGCAUCAUCGUCGAGGCGAGCCAGAAGUUCAAGGGACUUGGCGGCGCACGACGUGAGGCGAAGCAGAAGUGGAUCAUCCCGAUCGGUAUUGGCAAGAAGCAUGUCCUGCAGGAGUAUUUCGAGAUCCCUGGUGACAUGAUUGGCUUGACGAGCAAGAAGAACCUGGCGGACUGGAAGACGAACCUCUACCUGCGCGAGGACGGCCAAUGGGCCGACUUCCAGGAUCUCGGGGUAUACGACAGGGAGCUCGUGAAGCUUCCCGGCGGCCGCGCGGGCAUCGACAUCUUCGACUACGACCUGGAGUCGUACGAGGCGGAGCCCCUCUUCGAGAAGUUCCGCAUCAACGUCGAGAAAGUCGAGCCGGAGGCUUUCCUGGUCGCGGAGACGCUGCAGGUGUCCAAGCCAGACUUCAGGGUCAAGGACGACGCCGAUCGGUGGGUCCAGGAUGCAACGAAAAACGGUAACAAGGGGAUCUUCAAGAAAGGUACGCUCAAGCGAAUCGACAAGCUCAUGAAGGAGUAUGCGGUUAUAUUCGACGUGCUGCGCGACAACAACGAGAUGUUUCUCUGGGAAUUGUUCGCGAAGGCGGCUCGCUUUACUCAUGUAGCUUCGAAGGGUGGUCACGCGAAUGCGACCCCCUCGGACUUGUCAGUUGGCGUGAACUUUAACGACCCUCGGACGCGAUCAGAUAUCCUGUUUUUGAUUCGGACCUUCAAGCCCUGGAUGGUUUCGGUCGCAUUCCCGUUUACCGCCCAUGCGAAUCUGCAAGAGCUACAGCGUGCUCAGGGAAUGGGCGACAGGGUGGACGACCUCAUCCAGGAGCUUCGGCCGCUGAUCGAUUUGUCGGCGGAGGUGCUCAAGAUUCAGGCUGAAGGAAGGCGGACCGGCAUCGGCGAGAAUCCCCUCACCAGCCCGGCGCGGCGGGGAGUUCUGAUCGUGGACCUGCUGAGCUGGCGCGGGAACAAGCCGCCACUCUACGAGACGGUCACGCUGCACCAGCGCAUGCACGGGCUCGUGGACAACUACGGCGACCCGAUUCUCAAGCCGACGUGCAUGAUGGACCCCAACGGUUCGUGCUUCCCUGGGUGGCUCGAGCGCAGGUGCGACGGGAGCCACCAGCACGCCGACAUGGUCGGGCGGAGCACGGCACUGGCACAGGCGGGCGCCUGGCCGGACGACCUGGGCAAGGCUCUCGUGGGCUCCGGCGCGCACGAGCUGGCACGACGGACAAGCCCGAGGGAGAUGGGCAUCGGCGAGCAACGCCUACGCGGGCGACCGGGCUUCGGGACGAUCAAGCUGGUCAAGCGGUUCCCCGCCGACGCGGUGGCCGCAGUCUACGUGAAGGGGCCGAAGGUGCAGACGUCCUCCCCUGCGACGGUGCACAUCUACGGGAGCACGCCAAAGACGUUCGCUCCAGAUGAUCGCGAAGCUGACACGGCACAUCGAGACCUACAACACGAGGGUGAGCGUUUCGGGGACAAGCCUUCGGACAUCGCCACGGCCCAGUGGGGUGCUCUCAAGAAGCUCCACCUCAACCUGAGCCAUCCUUCUGCUCACGCACUGAAGCGGCGACUGAAGUCCUACGGAGCGUCACAGCAAGUGCUGGAUGCGGUUCACAAGCUGGACUGCGGCGUGUGCAAGGAGCUCGGCAGGCCGACUACGGUGAGAAGCUCGAACCUGAAGCUCUCGACGGAAUUCAACGAGAACGUGUUCCUAGACGAAGCCGAGGUGCUGUACUACGACGCGGCUAAGGGUCAUAUCACGAAGCGGUUCGCGGAGAUCGGAGAGAAGUACGCUAUCCUGAUAAGGCUGGUGCCAGCAGAGGCGCCCCAGCUCCAGGGCCGAGUGGAGCGCGCGAUCGACUUCUUCAAGGGCCAUUUCCAGCGCCUGAACCGCGACGUGCAGCUCACCAAGGACGACGAUCCGCAUGUGUGGACAUCGGUGAUAGCGAGUACGUGCAACAACCACAUUCGGCGGAAUGGCUUCACCCUUACCAAUACGUGCUGGGCCGGCGAUGGAGAGGGCGAUCAGAGGCAGCUGGCAUCGCAGAGCGCGGCUCUCUUCGCGGAGGGCCCGAGGGGAGCAGACCAGAUACGUGCGGCGGCGAACCGGGCGUUCUUCGAGCUGGACAGCUACGACGCCGUCAGGAGGGCCAUGGUAGGCCGAAAUCGCCCACCGCGUGGGCCGUUCGUACCCGGCCAGCUGGUAUUCUACUGGCGCGAGGUGAAGCACGCGAAGUCGAAGAGGCUCCAGGGCGAGCAUGGUUGGCGUGGGCCAGCGAUCGUGUUGGCGACAGAAGGCCAUGCGAGGCUACACCUGAGCUACCGCGGUAUGCCGGUGCUCGCGACGCCGGAGCAGGUGCGGCACGCCUCCCGGAGCGAGGCGGAGAUGGUGGAGAACGAGGACUUGGUCAGGCAACUCUCGCACUGGCGCGGAGGACCUACUCUCCAGAAGGGAUUCAUUGAUGAGCGCGGACCUGGGCCAGACGGGAGCGACAAGACGGGAGUGCGCCGCGAGAGGGGCGAGAAGGACUCGGACCACGAGGACAGUGUGAUCGACACGCCUACGGCUAAGGCACCGAGAACGUACCUGCACCUGGAGACCUACCUGAAGUACCACCUUUACCGGCAGGAGGACCAGUUCCUCCGGAACAAACUGCAGACGCAGCUGGGCAGGGGCACUCCAUGGACCUGGACGCGGCGGCUGCGCCAGGUAUUCCGCAUCAACAGCAACAGCAACCAGGUCGAGCUGAGCAACCAGAACCUGUACAGCUUCCCGACGACCAGGAGGUAG